AGUGAUACGCCCUAGUUGCUUCCAUACGCCCCAGAAGCGCAGCACUGACGAUUACCAGAGCCCCAGGACGGCCGCCGCCACGCAAGGGGCGCGCGACGGUGCGAGCUCGCCGCUGCAGCGACCGGCAUCGCGUGCGGCGGAUAGGGCGACCAUGCAGUUCGUGUCCGUGGACGUGGGCACGCAGAGCGUCCGCGCGGCUCUCGUCACGGAGAAGGGCCGCUUCCUGAAGACGGCGUCGCGGCCGCUGGAGACGUGGAACCCGCAGCCGGAGUUUUACCAGCAGUCGUCCGACCAGAUAUGGAAGGCCUGCUGCGAGGCCGUCAAGGAGGUAUGCCGGGAAGCCAAGGAUGUGCGCGGCAUCGGCUUCGACGCCACCUGCUCGCUCGUGCUCCUGGACGACGCCGGUCGGCCGCUCACCGUCAGCCCGAAAGGUGAGGCCGAGCAAAACGUAGUGCUAUGGAUGGACCACCGUGCCGUGUUGGAGGCCGAGGCUAUCAGCGCAACGGGACAUUCCGUACUUCGGUUCAUCGGGGGAACAAUGUCGCCUGAGAUGCAGCCACCAAAACUGCUGUGGCUGAAAAAGAACCUGCCUGCAACGUGGGAGCGCCUAGGUCUCGCCAUGGACCUGCCUGACUUCCUGACGUGGCGCGCCACAGGCUGUGCGUCACGCUCCCUUUGUUCGGCGGUGUGCAAGUGGACCUACCAGGCGGGCUCAGCUCCGGGUUCGGACAUGGAGCCCGGCUGGCAGGAAUCCUUCUGGAUUCGUAUAGGUCUCGAGGACCUCACGCGUGACAAAUAUCGCAUCAUAGGGCAGGAGUUCUGGCCUCCCGGUGCCCCAUGCGGCCGUGGGCUCAGCAUGGAAGCGGGGCUGCAACUGGGACUAAAGAAAGGCACGCCCGUCGCCACCUCCAUCAUCGAUGCGCAUGCCGGAGGCCUUGGAUUGCUUGGCUGUGAGGCUGAAGGCGAAUUCUGCAAGUCAUUCUCUCGUCGCCUGGCCGUAAUUGCCGGUACAUCCACCUGUCACAUGCUGGCGAACGAGAACUGCAUCUUUACUCCAGGCGUGUGGGGCCCCUACUUCUCGGCGAUGGUUCCGGGCAUGUGGCUGAGCGAAGCGGGGCAAAGCGCUGCCGGUGCAUUGGUGGACCACGUGAUUUCGACGCACCCGGCAUACGCGCAGAUUCAAGCGAAAACGAAGCCAGGACGGAGGCCAGAGGACACGCUCAACGCCUUGCUGCGGACUAUGUGCGAGCAACGCGGCCUCGAUUCCCCGUCGCAGUUGGUGGCUGACUUGCACGUGUGGCCCGACUUCCACGGGAACCGGUCACCGGUCGCCGAUCCCAACAUACGGGGAAUGAUAAGCGGACUGACGCUGUCGGCUGGCGAAGAGGACCUCGCGAAGCUGUACCUCGCUACUCUGCAGGCGCUUGCGUACGGGACACGCCACAUCAUGGACGCACUGGCCGACACGGGUCACUCGGUGUCCAGCCUGCUCAUGUGCGGAGGCCUGGCCAAGAAUCCGCUCUACGUUGAGCUGCACGCAGACGCCACGGGGUUGCCGGUGUUACUACCCUCAGAGACAGAGUCGGUGCUGCUCGGUGGCGCCAUCCUGGCGGCCAGCGCAAGUGGUCGCUACUCCAGCGUCACGGAGGCUAUGCUCCGGAUGGGCGGCUCAGGCAAAGUGUUGGCGCCGCGUUCGAGUGAGCGGCGGUUCCACGAUGCCAAGUACGCCGCUUUCCGCGCGCUCCUCGACUGCCAACUACGUCUCAGGGACAUCAUGUCGCCCGGUGGGAGACCGUCGUCCUCGUGUUCUUGACCUUAGUUCUCGCUCCUACUUUUACGACCUCGAUGCAGCCCCCUUACCCCCCUCACUCGGCAUCCAAAGGAAGAAUACGAAUGCGUGGUGCCGAUGGAGGCCUCCUUAUCGCUCAGUCGCGAAGUCAACCAAGAAGACCUUUUUUUGUUACUCUCUCGGACGGCAGAUAUCUUCGUGAUGAGCUUAUUCCAUCGUUAUUCUACAUUCCCAGUUGUAAGUUGUGGACAAAAGGAACAUGAGUGCAAGCAGUAUGAAAGAGAAUGCCUUACCAUCACGGAGGCGCGCUCCCAGCUGCUUUUCUUCUAAUAUGGUUUGCUGUCUAAGGAGCUAUACCUCAGUCUGAAAGGCUGUGUCAUUUAAGCGUUCCAUUCCUGAACGUGUUCAUGCUGAAUCUGUCACAGACAUUUGUGCCGAAGCAACCCGUGAGUGGGUCGAUGCUCAAGUCAUUGUGCUCAGCUUGUACUGUCAUGUUAAUCUGCGCAGAUUGUGACACCACUAUGAGAAGCUGAAGUUGUUACAGAAAAACACACAUGCGUACGUGCGUCGCAACCACUGCCGAUUACAGUACACAUGCCUAGCCUUCCUUCUGUCUCAAGCACAGAAGGAUUUUGAUUGUCGCUGAUUUUAAAUCGGUCGUUUCUAUCCAGUUUUUUUUAUAUUCUUCCGUUUCAUGACAUUGCGCAGCUAUCUGCAACAUGAUGCUACAAUACGUUCACAGUUUGCGAAACGGAAUGAAAAUAGUUUCCGGGAUGUCAUACUAAUUGGAUUGUUAUCGGUGCUUGCUUGCAGCUGAUUCUUGACUUGGCAAGCUCUUUGCUGCUCAGCUGGACACUCAUGAAGGGCAACCACGAAUAUAUAGUGACGCUUUCUCAGAACUUGCAGGGAAAAACGACCCUAUUACUUCUUGAGUGCUGUGGUUGCUUGACACUCAUUGGUAUAACGGGGUGCUCAUUGAAGAGAAGAUAUUUUUGACGUACAUGAAACAUGCGCCUAAAUAAUAAUUUUUCCGAAAUUUCUUGGUAGUACACGUGCUUUUGCUUGUAAGAGCACAUGAAGUGGCGGGGACGCGGUCAGUGACAAGUUAGCUUAGAUAAAUAUUGGCGUCAGGAAAUUGCUCCUCAAAGCAAGAUUUGCAACGGGGAAACAGCCAUUUCAGGCAAGUAGUGUUGUCUCUUUUAAAAAGAGGAUUUGAAGAUGAGGUGAGCUUUUUAGCGCAGUCAGAAGAUACGUGCACUAACCUACGUGAACUACGUAAAUCAAGAAAUGAUAUAGUUUGACAAUUUUCUGGCACCAAAAUUAUCCUUGAAAUGUCCGCGAUGUAUUUGCUACGUGAGUAAAUUUCGUCACUAUUUGACCUCACGCCAUAGUGUGGCAACCAAUGCCCACAAAACUAGUGCUGGUCAAGUUUAGCGACCGUGACGUACAUUAUCAAUCUCUGCGGCUAAGUCGUUUCGAUGACACCUGCACGAACGGAAGUUACUCUUGAUUGCAAAUAAUGAUUGCCAUUUACUUGCACCUGUUGAAGGAGAGUGCGCCUGAAGUGAACAUACACAGAUGUUGUCAAAGUAGAGCGUAGCUUCCCAAUUGUUCGGCUAGCUGGUGUCAUUAAUUCCAUGAGAUCAUCAUAUCCAGAUAUGACAUAAGAAAAGAAACCGAAGGGUUCAAUGGCAAUGUCCGACAUGCCUAACGGCAGCGUUUCGCUUAUGGCUGCAAUAAACCUCAUUUCAGGAAAGAACCCCUCUAAAUAAAUAGCUAUGUCAGUCGAAUUAUUUUUCAUACACUACGCCUAAUAAAAAUGUCCUGUGCGUACCCGUUCUCUGCAAGCUACUUCUUGUACGCGCAUAAACAUUUAGCGUGCCUUAGAACUAAAGGGUGCCUUACUUUGCAAAUUCUGUGCACUUGGUCUUUACUCGAAAACUAGAGUUAAAGAAACGAAAGAAAACACAAAACAUACACGAAGAAAUAUUUUGCGCACAAUUGCGAUGUCAUGGUUCGUUAAUUUGGCGAAAAUAUUACUGCUAUUUACUCUUGCUGUAGAGGUAUGCGUUUCCACAAGGGAAUAAAGAUGUUGGGCAUUUCUGCAGUUCUGCGGCUGCCGCCGCAGUAUGCCUACACUUUACGUAUGGAAAGGCGCUUUCAUGAACUUGUGUUUCUCUAAACCUUUACCGUCGAGGACCCGCAGCUGUUUAGAAGCGCCGAAGUAUGGGUGAAUGAUCCUGUCUAAACAAUUUCAUGGUGAUAUUCAUCUGCUGUCUACGAUAACCAACGGACCAACAAUCUGAUAAAAAUAAACUGAACUAUAUUGUC